AUGCAGUUGAGGAUCAGCUGCAAACCUUCCAUUUUCCUUCUCCUCCGCCUCCUCCUCCUCAGUACCGGUCUCGUCUACCCCGCCAUUGAAGCUCGCAACAUCCUGAUUCCUGGCCAACCGCUUUACGACGACGGAACAACUUUAAUCUCCUCCGGCGGCCGCUUCGAACUGGGCUUUUUCAGCCCUGCCGUCUCCCGCCGCCGCUACGUCGGAAUAUGGUACCGCAACAUCUCGCAAACACCCGUGUGGGUGGCCAACCGUUCGAGCCCGAUCUACGGUCGAUCAGGACGCCUUUUGCUCUCCGGUGAAGGCACGCUCAUCGUAACGGCCAUUAAUAGCUCGACCGUCAACUGGUCCUCGUCGAAUGCAACCAGACUCACGAACCCCAAGGCGACGCUCUUCGACGACGGGAACUUCGCGGUGAGGGAGGCGGGAAACGAUGACCCCGACAGCUUCGCAUGGCAGAGCUUCGACUUUCCGACCGACACGCUCCUCCCCGGCAUGAAGCUGGGCUGGAACCUGACCUCCGGACUCAACCGCCAACUGACGUCAUGGGCGAGCGCCUCCGACCCGUCGCCAGGUGGCUACACCUUGGGCAUUGACCCGCAAGGUGACCCACAACUGUUCGUAUGGUUUAGAUCGCAGCCGCUUUGGCGAGGGGGCCGAUGGAACGGCCUUUAUUUUAGCGGCGCGCCAGGAAUGGACGAUCCACUUCUUUUCAACGCGACGUUUGUGGUUGACCCUCACCAAGUCAUCUACUCAUUCGGCCUUCGCGAUCCUUCGAUCGGCGGCUCGGUGUUGGUGGUGUACCACUCGGGCGAGUUGCAACGUCUUGAUUGGAUGGAUGGCAGCGAGGUGUGGGAGGUAGACUGGAGCAUGCCAAAGGAUCCGUGCGACACGAUGUCUGCGUGCGGCGCCAAUGCCGUCUGCGAUCCGAAUGCCCGACAGAUGUGCAGAUGUCUAGCCGCCUUUCUUGUAAAUAACGCAUCGACUUGGGAUCCUUCGAAUCCGAAUGGUUGUUCGAGAAUUUCUCCACUCAACUGUGGGAAUUCGAAUGGGACGGGUGCGUUCUUUAAAUUCUCCAGGUCGAAGCUACCGGACACAUCGAUAUCGGUGGUGGACAGAAGAUCGAGGAGCCUAGACCAGUGCAGGGAAUCAUGCAUGAAGAAUUGCUCUUGUAAAGCCUAUGCGAGCUCCGACAUCAGUGAAAGUGAGAGCGGGUGCAUAAUGUGGACGGGUGAUAUUACGGAUCUCAGAUUGUACAGCGGUGCUGGAGGACAAGAUUUGUAUGUGAGGAUGACAGUUUUCAACUCUUCCAAUUCGCAAGAUGGGGCAUCGAAUCGAUCAUCCAGACGGAGUCAUUUAGCUGUGACGAUUGCAGUCCCUGCUCUGGCCGUUUUUCUCCUAGUUUGCGUUACAUGCUGUGUUUGCAGACGCAGGAAGAGAAACAACGGCAACGCUGUUAAUGAAAUAGAAGAAGAGGAUCUGGACUUGCCUUUAUUCGACUUGGACACAGUUUUAGAUGCAACAAACAAUUUUGCAGCAGAGAACAAGCUGGGUCAAGGUGGAUUUGGUCCGGUGUACAAGGGGAAGUUGGGUGAUGGACAAGAGAUAGCUGUGAAAAGACUAUCCAAGACAUCCACACAAGGCAUCAAUGAGUUCAAAAAUGAAGUAGUGAUAAUCGCUAAGCUACAACAUCAGAACCUUGUUCGCCUUCUUGGCUGUUGCAUUCAAGGAGGAGAGAGGACGUUAAUCUACGAGUACAUGCCCAACGGAAGUUUAGAUGCAUUCUUGUUCGAUGAAGAGAAGCGGAUGUUGUUGGAUUGGAAAACACGAUACGAUAUCAUAGUCGGAAUUGCUCGAGGCCUUCUAUAUCUCCAUCAUGACUCAAGACUCAAAAUCAUUCAUAGGGAUAUGAAGGCUAGUAAUAUCCUUCUUGACAAGGAUAAUAUUCCUAAAAUAUCAGAUUUUGGCUUGGCAAGGAUAUUUAGAGGUGAUGAAAUGGAAAUAAAUACAAGAAGAGUUGUUGGAACAUACGGAUAUAUGUCUCCUGAAUAUGGAAUGAAUGGAAUUUUCUCAAUAAAGUCGGAUGUAUUUAGUUUCGGUGUGUUGAUACUUGAGAUUAUCAGUGGUAAAAAGAACAGAGGAGCUUAUCAAUCCGACUACCUAAAUCUUCUGGGACAUAUAUGGAGCUUGUGGGAAGAAGGUAAAAGCUUGGAAAUCGUUGAUAAAUCAAUUGGCUCUUUCUCAGUAGUUGAGGUCACACGAUGUAUAAAGAUGGGUCUUUUAUGUGUUCAAGACCGACCACAAGAUAGACCGACAAUGUCAUUGGUAGUUACAAUGUUGAGUAGUGAUAGCGCGAUACCAGAACCUAAACAACCUGGUUUCGUUGUUGCAUUAGAUUCAUCUAAUUCUUCAAUCGGAAAGCAAUAUCCGCCAUCCAUCAACAAUGUAUCCAAUACAACAUUAGAAGGUAGGUAAGAUAUGAAAAGUGGAAUGUUGUGGUAACAAUUCAAACAGUUAUUUUUGUUAGAAUUGUUUGUGGAGUGUGAUUUACUUAUCCAACUAAUCAGGACAGUUGAUUGUGCAUGAAGAAUUGUUCACGAAACUUGUCAGGUUGAAUCCUG